AUGCAGAAAGCAAUAUUGCCGCUAUUUUGGAUAAAUGAAGCAAUCCAUCUCGAUGUCAACACAAGAAAUAAAUUAUUGAGUAGCGUUGUAUCGACUUCAUUAACGAUUAAAAAAGUCGGCAUUGUUACAAUAGUUGCUGGUUGUCUUCUAUGGAUUUCUUUUGUGAUUUAUGCCACUGUGAUGAUGCUAUUCCCGAUGCGUUUCGAUGAUGAAGAACAGUUGGUUGCGCAUGAUGAUGGUAUUAUCGAUGAAAAUCAAAUCAUUGAUGGCAAUUAA